AUGCCUCGUCGAUCGUCUCGGCCCGUUCCCGCGGCAGCCGCAGCUCCAGAAGCCGCGCCAAAAAGGCGCGUGUCCGCCAGACUCUCCGAAGCAUCCAGAACGGAGCCCAAGAGACAAAAGUACGAUACCGAUCCUGCUCAGAAGCUGGUUAAAUCCACCACAAAAAAGAGCAAAUAUUUCCAAGAGGAGCCGUCUGAAGAUCCGGAGCUUGACUCCAAAGAGGCAGCUGCGCCGAAAAUCCUCGACUACGAGGACACCGACACAAGCGUCCCCACAUCUUCCGACUCCGGCUCAGACUUCGCUGAAGAAGCAUCGCCAUCAGCCCCGAGCGAUGAGGAGCUUGAGUCUGAAGAAGAGGAGUAUAGCUCUGCGCCUAAACGCCGCCAGAGCCGCGGAAAGCAAUCUAGCACCGCUGGCUCGAGAAUACAUGGGUCAAAUAGUGCGGAAGAAGACACGACUGUGUCAUUGGCCGGCAAAGAGCUAUGGAGGGAAGGGGUAAGAACCGGCCUUGGACCAGGAAAAGAAGUGUUCAUCAAGAAGCCCAAGGCCAGAGACCCUGGCGCUGUAGCUUACAAAGAUAAUGUUCUGCAUGCCAACACUAUUCUCUUUCUCCAAGAUUUGGCGAAGAACAAUGACAGGCAAUGGCUGAAAGCACAUGACGCGGACUACCGCGCUGCCAAAAAGGACUGGGAAACCUUUGUCGAGACUCUCACAGAGCAUAUCAUAGAUCAGGACGGCACAAUCCCCGAAUUGCCUGUCAAGGAUCUUGUCUUUCGCAUACACAGAGACAUCAGGUUCAGCAAAAACCCUCUUCCGUACAAGACGCACUUUUCAGCAGCUUGGUCCCGCACCGGCAAGAAGGGCCCUUACGCUGCAUACUACGUCCACUGCCAACCAGGGGCAAGUUUCGUCGGUUCGGGCCUUUGGGCGCCAGAGGCCGAUGGACUGGCUCGUCUUCGACAGGAUAUCGAUCGCCGUUCUCAUCGCCUCAAGAAAAUUCUGAGAGCGCCAAAAAUGCGUCAAGAAAUAUUCAAGGGCAUCCCGGAUGAUAAUGAGACAGCUGUAGAAGCCUUUGUUAGCCACAACAAGGAGAGCGCUCUCAAGACCAAGCCCAAGGGCUACGAUGCCGAUAAUGAGAAUAUCCAGUUGCUCCGUCUGCGCAGUUUCACCAUCGGCAGGCCGCUCUCGGAUGAGGAGUUGCUAAGUCCGAAUGCCCAGGACAGGAUUGCAGCACUGGUUGAAAUCAUGGAGCCCUUCGUUACGUAUCUCAACAGCGUCGUCAUGCCUGAUUCGAUGGAGGAGGAUGUCGAUACCGAUUCAGAGGCUUCGGAAGACUGA